AUGGCUGCACUUCGUAGUGUUCUCUCACGACAGCAAGUAAGUGGUUUCUGCGAUGUAGGUUCUUCUCUCUUGCAGCCUCCUGCUUGUCUUUCACACAGUGUGUGGGAGGCUGCACUUGAUCGUAUUGAACAGGCACGCCAUGAUAAGUCUAUUCUUCCUUCCCUUUCCUCUUUAUAUGUUCAAUCCUUCAGCAGAGCUGUGCGGCACUAUCAUGAUCUCUACACGAGAUGUGCCCAACUGCUGGUAAUGCCGCUCUCCCGCUGGGAACAAUGGCGUGAGGGAUUGUUCUUCUUUAUGAGUGCAGCCAAGGAAAAGGAAUCAGAGGAGAAAACUACACUUACUGGACUCUGUACUCAACUGAUGCAGUUACAACAGCAGCAGUUUGUAGUGGUUUUUUGGGGAUGUUGGUCAAGUGUUGCUCUUCGUCUGGAAUCUCUCUUGACACGUCUGCCUUUGCUCUCUGCAAAUGAAGAGGAGGAAAAGGAGAAGGAGGUGUUAAACUCUAGCGAGAGUGUAUCGUUAGCUCCCUCACAUGAUGAUGAUGAUGAUGAAAUGAAAGAGGGUGUAGUUGAUAGAAAGAUUGUUCGUCUGCGGCGUCGCUACUUUUCUAUUUUUUACCAAUUUCAGCAGCUUGCUCAUGAUGCUUCACAUUUGUUUGGUAGUUAUACAAAAGUUGGAAAAGCUGAACGGCAAUGGCUUAGUGAAUGCUUGAUGUUGGGGAAUGACGGUGAUAAUGAUAAUGAUAAUUUUAAUGGUUCGGAAGAGGCUGCUGAGGCGUUUAUUCGUCGUAGUUUUAAGCGGGAUUUUAGUGUACCAUCUCUUGAUCUCAUUACGGGUGAAUUAGUUGAGGAAUAUAAUGACUUUGAAGUGAAUGAGAGUAAGAAGAAGGCGAUGGAAAAGAAAGCACAAGAAACGAUUAAAAGUAUGUGGUGUACGGAGGCUCGUAAGAUGUUUGAGUUGGAGUUGGAGCAUUCAGAAGUCUCAAUGGAAAAACCAAUGCCGGAUCUUGCACGGAAUGAACUCUUAGAUACUCUUCUGCAGUGUUUAUGCCGUAAAGUGGGUAAACCGGAAUUAGCACUCGCUGUGAUCAUGCGGGAUCUCUUAGAAGACACAUUGUUUCCAGCCGUAUUGAAUAUUUCACAACUGGAAAGGGCUCUUACAGUUCUGCUGCAGUGGUUUGAGGCCUACACGGCGGAGCGAAAUCAUGGUGAGAUUCCACUUUUCACAAAUGAAGACUUGUGGAGUUUUGUGUUGGAGCGGCACACAGAGUUACUCAAAUGGGUGGUAUUUCACUACUGUCAAGAUGAGGAUGGGAAGCGGAAUCUCACACUCGCCGUGGAAGGUGUAAAAACGGUGAGUUUCUCUCUGCUGCGCUGUCUAGAUGUAUACAUGACGACAAUCGCAGGACGCCGCUCGUUAAAAGACGCUAAAGAAGAAAGAAAAGAUGAAGUCAAACAGAAGGUGGUUGUGUGGAUACAGCAGACCGCGGUGAAUACCUUCCUUGAUGGACUUUCUCACCUCAGUUCACAGUCUACAUCAACCACCACCACUUCUUGUUCUUCAUCUUCUUCGUUUUUGUUAAUUACAACUCAAAUUACUCUUCUAAAGGCACAACUGCUUCUUCUUGCGGAUGCCUCAUUACUCGCCAUGGAUGUACGGCAGCUGCUGUUCCCAACGCUGGAUCCUGCAUUUAAAGAGAUGCAGUUAGUUCGAGAAGCCAAAAGCGAGACCGAACUAAUUCCCUGGACACUUUGCAUUGUAAGUAUACUAAAGUCAUUGACUCGCACAUUACAGUACACUUCAAAGGGCACGGAAUCAGCGGCUGAAUUGGUUUCUGCGUUGCACAUACACUAUAAAACACUACAGGGUCUUUCCCCAUCCUCUUUGGUGGAUCUUGUUAGUAAUGAGUGGGUGGAUUUUCUUUCUGCUGAGGGAAGACAUUCGCUUGGGAGUCGAAAGGUUACGUUGCUUGACGUUACCCAUUCGCGGCGAGUUCUUCUUGAUUCUCAUGAAAACAGAGAAACAGAGACUGUGGAUGUACAACGGAAACGACCACGCGAAGAGUAA